GGCAAUGGCAAAGCAGUACGACUCGGUAGAGUGCCCCUUUUGUGAUGAAGUGACCAAAUACGAGAAGCUCGCCAAAAUCGGCCAAGGCACCUUCGGGGAGGUGUUUAAGGCCAAGCACCGCCAGACCGGUGAGAAGGUGGCUUUGAAGAAGGUGCUGAUGGAAAACGAGAAGGAGGGGUUCCCCAUUACAGCCUUGCGGGAGAUCAAGAUCCUCCAGCUACUAAAACACGAGAAUGUGGUCAACUUGAUUGAGAUUUGCCGAACCAAAGCGUCCCCCUAUAAUCGCUGCAAAGGCAGUAUAUACCUGGUGUUUGACUUCUGCGAGCAUGACCUUGCUGGGCUGCUGAGCAAUGUCUUGGUCAAGUUCACGCUCUCUGAGAUCAAGAGGGUAAUGCAGAUGCUGCUCAACGGUCUCUACUACAUCCACAGGAACAAGAUCCUGCACAGGGACAUGAAGGCUGCUAAUGUGCUCAUCACCCGUGAUGGAGUCCUAAAGCUGGCAGACUUUGGGCUGGCCCGGGCCUUCAGCCUAGCCAAGAACAGCCAGCCCAACCGGUAUACCAACCGUGUGGUGACACUCUGGUACCGGCCCCCGGAGCUGUUGCUUGGGGAGCGGGACUACGGCCCCCCCAUUGACCUAUGGGGUGCAGGGUGCAUCAUGGCAGAGAUGUGGACCCGGAGCCCUAUCAUGCAGGGCAACACAGAGCAGCACCAGCUUGCCCUCAUCAGCCAGCUCUGUGGCUCCAUCACCCCAGAGGUAUGGCCAAACGUGGACAAAUAUGAGCUGUUUGAGAAGCUGGAACUGGUCAAGGGCCAGAAGCGGAAGGUGAAGGAGAGACUGAAGGCCUACGUGCGUGACCCUUACGCACUGGACCUCAUCGACAAGCUGCUGGUGCUGGAUCCUGCACAGCGCAUUGACAGUGACGACGCUCUCAACCAUGACUUCUUCUGGUCCGACCCCAUGCCCUCGGACCUCAAGGGCAUGCUAUCCACCCACCUGACGUCCAUGUUCGAGUACUUGGCGCCACCACGCCGGAAGGGCAGCCAGAUUACCCAGCAGUCGACCAACCAAAGCCGAAAUCCCACCACUACCAACCAGACGGAGUUUGAGCGUGUCUUCUGAGGGUGGGCACUUUUCUUUAGGGCUAUCGUUUUAUGUUUUCUUCUGUUAUGUGACUUGCAUUGUGGAGAUGCUGAGGCAUUUAAGUUUUUUCUCUAGUGCAUAUUUUGUUUAAUCCUCACCCCGGGUAGUGGGAACAACCAGUCAAGUGGACUGGAGUGAAAUGUCCAUUGGCGGAAAGGCCAUGAAGGCACCGGGACUGUCUUGCCUCAUUCCCUGGCUUUCUGGAUGGUGUCCAGAGGGUCUCCAUUUACCUUAGGACAUGAAUGGGGUGGAAGGAGAGGCUCACCCCACAGUAACUUUCUAAGAGCUCCCAGCAUGAUGGGUGGAGGGGACAGGUCCCUUGCCCACCUCCAACCCUCCUCUUGGGAUGAGAAGCUUGAGUGGAGAAUAGAGCUGGCCCCAGGAAUGGGCUGCUCUUGGCCUGACCCUCAGAAGCACUGGGGCCAGUGAAAACCCUGUUUCUUCAGUAGAAUUUUAUCAUGUUUCUUUUGUUCAGUUGAAAGACAUUUCUGGAUGUUCAGUUACAAUUAAAAGUUGACUUUUUUUUCCCAGUAA